AUGAAAAACCUGGCUUACGAUGCAGUGGUAGUUUUUGACAUCUCAAAGGACAGCAUUUCAUACGCGAACUCCGUUUUGGACACUGAAACAUCGCUUUCGCAAUACAUUUUAAAUGUGCUUCAAUAUGGGCUAUCCAGCCGGGUAAGAGGCAUUUGUGAAUUGGAAAAUGCCAAGGUCUCCAAAAAACUUGCUUUUGGUCUUUUCUUCGAGCCGGACCAGAUAUUUAGGCUUGUUGAUAAGGGGCCCAGUCCUUCAGACAAUCCAAAUGCAGCAGAGUCUUUUAGGAAAUUUUGGGGGCCUUCUAAAAGCCAACUGAGGAAGUUCCAAAAUACCAACAUCAUCGAAUGUGUUGUAUGGGAUGCACCUGAAAUCAAAACCGAUAGAAGCAAAAUUUUGAAGGCCAUGGUUCAACAUAUGAUGGAGGUGCAUUUAAAGCUGGAUCCGGGAAAAAUACAGAUUUGUGGACUGGAAUUGCUGCCUUUAAGUGAUGUCCUUUCGCAGCCAUUAGAUAAAGCGGAUGGAUCCUCGCUUUUGAACGGCUCAUUUUCAAAGCUAAAAACAUCUAUUAUGGGCCUGGAAAGCUCGCUUGCUAUCCAGUCGAUUCUUCCAAUCUCCUCGUCCAUGAGGGGCUCGAUUUACACCGAUUUUCCACACCUCCCAAGCCCUAGUGCGUAUUUGUCUUUGUGUAAAGAAAAUAUAAAUGUCAAGCAGGCUUUCAUUCCUGUGCACACCGUGCUUUUAAUACUAGAAACAUCGAACAGGUGGCCAACGGAGCCAAAGGCGUUCCAUGCCAUGGCUACCGCGUUUUUGGGCAAUCUUGGUGCUGGGAUCCAACGCACAACGCCAGAUUUGGUUCCGUCAAUUUCAACAAACGGUGCCGGACCCUCUUUUAUGGAUGUAUUUUGCAGCGGAUUUGUCUUCCGGUGCUACCUAGACCUUGGUUUCGCCUUUCACCAACCGGCAACAUGGCUUUCUUUAGAAAACAAAUCUAUCCGUCUGCUUCCAAAAGAGGAAACAUUGCAGAAGGAUGUAAUUCAUCUUUCUCUGUGGAGAGAAUUGAGCGAUCAUUUCCCCUUCAAAACAAAUGCAAAUUGGAUGUCAAAGUGCAACGAGUUUAGUUUUCUAAUUUUCACGGAAGCACUAGCUCAUGAUUCGUUUGUGAAAAACUCUAUUUAUGCAAUGCAUCCAAAGCCUAUUCUUGAUGGGAUAAAGCUUUUGCUACUUUGGAUUUCCAAUAAAAGGCUGAGCGAUUUUUUUCCAUUCGAAGCUGUCGAAAAAAUUGUCAUCGAAUCUAAUAUGGUGCCAGCUCGAAAUGAGGAUGACAGUGCCCAAUCGGCAAAGGAGACUCACCAAAUCAGUAUUUUUGAUCCAUCAAGCAAAAAUAAAACAACAUCUCAGAGUAUGGGGACAUUUCCUACCUCACCAACUUCAGCCUUCAUCAAUUCAAUCCACUUUCUAGGUCAGCAGGAGAAUGCGCCUAUUUUGGAAAAAAUUGGCGUUUCCAUCUCCGACUUUUCAAUUAUUUCUCAAUUGGCCUUAAAAUCUCUCUCAGUUGCAUCCCUGCUAUUUACAUCCCCCCCAAAAAGGCCCCUCCCUUCCGAGUCACUGCUUUUGGAAAUGUUCAAGGUCAACGAUUUUUUUGAUUUUUCUAUUUCCUUCGAAUCGGGGAAAUUCUUAUCUGACAUUAGGGAGUCAAUUGUUUGUGACAUCGAGGGGAUUAAACAAACCCAAGAGGAUAUUCUAUCAUCCUUAAUGCUCCCGGGGUUUAAUCCGCUCUCCAUUGUUUCCAACUUGAUAAAGGUAUCCUCGUUUAAAUUUACUGUUCCCUAG